GGCGUUUUACUGGUAUUAUUCGUGGACAAAACAUCAAUGUCGAUCAACUGCAUAAACUUGCUUUGGGACGUCGGAAUUGGAGUACUACAUACCUAGGUACUCGGUAGCAUGCCAUAGCCUUUUCUCCAAAAUACAUUCCGCUGGGCUGCAUGUUGAUGUUGUGUUCGUUCCACUCAAAACACAGAUUCAUUUUCCGGGAACUGGCGCGUCGCGGGGCCGUCUGCGUCGCGAAUCAAGGUCCGGUGACGUCACAGACAAACACAUGACGUCACCAGUGCCGGUGAAAGGAUCCCGCAGCGGUCGCGCACAGGCAGGGUCACCCUCGUGCAGCUGCUGGUCGCUCGCGGUCGCCCAGUAGCUCUCAGUCUGCUGAUCGCUCGCGGUCGCUCAGCAGCUCUGCAGUCAGUCUGGUGAUCGCUCGCGGUCGCUCAGUAGCUCUCAGUGUGCUGAUCGCGGUCACCAUGAAGGCUCGCUCGUCGGCGCUGCUGCUGCCCCUCCUGCUGGUCCUGCUGACAACUGCAGUCGGCGGAUUCCCUAAGCACGGUACAAGGAAAUUAUCUGCAGGCAAGCCUGAAGGCGCUGCAAAGUCAGCUCCUGAGCCGGAGCCUUCACCAGAGCCAGAGUCGGCCUCGGAGCCGGAGCCGACGCCGGAGCCUUCCACAGAACCGGCGCCAGAGCCUUCAGCCGAGCCGGAGCCUGAGCCUUCCACAGAACCGGCGCCAGAGCCUUCAGCCGAGCCGGAGCCUUCCUCGGAGCCUGAACCUUCCUCAGAACCGGCGCCAGAGCCUUCACCCGAGCCGGAGCCGACGCCGGAGCCUGAGCCUUCCCCGGAGGCCCGCCAGGCUCCGAAGCAGCGGUCUAUCCCGGAACAGCCGUCUACCACGGAACAGGCUCUAGAGCAGCCAACCAUCCCGGAGAAGCCAGUCAUUCCGAAGCAGGCUCCGGAGCAGCCUCCCGCACCGGAGCAGCCAGCUACCCCGGAGCAGCCGCUCGCCCCGGCUGGAGACCCGCUGGACGAUGCGGUGGUGAUCGCUCCCCCUACCAAUGCGGCCGAGUGUCUCCAGGCCGGCGGGGAGUGCAUCCCGGCGGACCAGUGUCCCAACGCCGAGAACAGGUGGAACCAGCCGUUCGAGGGCAUCUGUGACAAAGAGGGCUACGAGUGCUGCUUCAAAGACAUUUCUCAGCACGCAGCCGCGUGCGGAGUGUUUGGUGGCGACUGCGUGCCGAGCGAGAGGUGCGGAGCCGCGCCUCGUUACACCCGAGCUCGCUGCGCCCGCUCCGGGGAGGUCUGCUGCAUCUGGCUGUUUUGAACCGUCGUCGCUAGGUGACUCUGCAUGCAGCCUAUAGAUGUCUCUGCCUUCUAGUUCUACCCACGGCGGUGCCAAGACUGGUCGAGAUACCCCGUCGCAACUCGGCUUAUGGCACCUUUACUUACGGGCGGGUCCGUGCCCGGCUUUAAAAGUGUUUGAGUGUUUUUGUAAGGCAAUCGGUUUGUCCUAAAGUAGUAGAUAUGAUUGCAGCACGGAGCUACCAAGGUAAGGUGGAGUUAGUAAGGGGCAUUCGCUCAUUUGAUGGUCAGUGAUCGUUCAGCGCUAUGGUAACUGGGUCGGUCUGACGUUCGGCGUCAUUCACACAGCAGCAUUUCGGGACGAGUGAGACUUAGCUAGCGGGAGCGGCCGGUGACUCUCGGUCUUAUUGCCGAACUAUAGCCAUGACGCCCACAGCACAUCGUCAUUGUGUCCAGUCAGAGGGUGACGAGCCAGAGACUCGCGAUCACUGUUGCUGUUCGUUCGUGUCGAUGUCAGAGAGGCCCUCUUUUCGUUAGUGUGAUUGAAGUUUCUCUGUGGUGUCACUCUCAGGCCACCAGCAGGUUGGUACAGUUUAUCAUAUGAAGGAAAUGACACUAAAUACAUUCGUUAUAUACAUG